CCAGCAGUACUUGCCCGGACACCGGGCAAACUCAGCUGUCAUCUGUUUCGAUACUAAAGAUGGCAGGAAACAAGUCUUACACUAUAGUAGAAUAUUUCGGCGGCGAUGACGGUUACCGCUGUGGUUACUGCAAAAAUGAAAAGGGAAAUUUUUCUCAUGGGAUGUGGUCUCACACCAUGACAGUACAAGACUACCAAGACCUCAUAGAUCGAGGAUGGAGGAGAAGUGGGAAAUAUGUCUAUAAGCCCAUAAUGAACAAGACAUGCUGUCCACAGUACACCAUCAGGUGUCAUGCAGUGAAAUUUCAGCCUUCCAAAUCCCACAAGAAAAUCCUGAAGAAGAUGAGCAAAUUCAUUUCUAAAGGGGAAUUACCAACAGGACAGGAUGAUGGGGAGCCAAUGGACUCUGUGUGUGAAGAAGCAGGUCCACGGGAACCGAGUAAAGUCUCUCACGCAGAAGUGAAGUGUCCUGUAGUGACAGACAUUCAGAAGGAAGUAGCAGAGUGUCCCGCUAUCACAGAGGUUCAGAAGGAGGUAGCUGACGCUUUGCCCACAGGCUCAGAAAUGCCAAGAAAGGAUCCUGUAUCUGUUCCGGAUGGAAGAACGACAGCCACACCUCCAAAACCAGGGAUGGGAGCUGAUCCUAGCCGGCCGCCAUGUCGGAAGGCCAAAGACUUAAGGAAGGAGCGACGUAUCCAGAAAGAGCAGAUGAGACAACACGCUGACGGGGUCUCCUCUAUUGUCUCACCUACCCCAAGCACCCCCACCCAGACCAACCAACCCAAAAAUCUGGAAGAUUUCAUCAAUGAGUCAUUGCCUGACAACUCUUCUCAUUGCCUUGAGGUGAGGCUAGUGCGCUCCAAUCCCCCUAGCCCGCAGUUCAAAGCCUCUUUCGACGCCUCCUACCAGGUGUACAAACUCUACCAGAUGGCCAUUCACAAGGACCCUCCUGACAAACCCUCCGAGAGCCAGUUCCGGAGAUUUCUCUGUGAUUCACCACUAGAGGCCGAAUAUUCUCCCGAUGGGCCCGAGGUGGGCUACGGCUCCUUCCAUCAGCAGUACUGGCUGGACGGACGCAUCGUGGCCGUGGGGGUGAUCGACAUCCUGCCUACCUGUGUGUCUUCUGUCUACCUGUACUACCACCCAGAAUUUGCCUCAAUGUCUCUAGGCUCCUACUCUGCUCUCAGGGAGAUCGCUUUCACCAGGCAUCUGCAGAAACAGUCCCCCAAGCUGUCCUACUACUACCUGGGCUUUUACAUUCACUCCUGCCCCAAGAUGCGGUACAAGGGGCAGUACCGGCCUUCAGACCUCCUGUGCCCGGAGACCUACGUCUGGGUACCAAUAGAGCGAUGCCUUCCGCAGCUGGAGAACUCCCGCUAUGCUCGUUUCAGCCAGGAUCCUGAUGCAGGAGAUGCUCGGGCGCUGAAGGAUGUGGGAAGAGCGCUGGUGCUAUACAGACGGGCCGUCAUGCCCUACGCUGCCUACUCACGCAAACGCAAGAGCUCCAGCGACGAGACGGAGGUGCAGCAGUACGCCGGCUUGGUCGGCCAGGACUGUGCUGAGAGGAUCCUGCUGUACCGCGCCUAAACAUACAACAACACACCACUGCACCUUUUUGAUUUACGUGAAUACACACCUCCCAGCAUUGUCUGUCCCUGUAUUUUGUCUCAUCGCUGUCUGUGAAAGUGCUUUCCGUUGCUCUAGUCUCACCAUGCUUCACUCUACACAGGCUGGAACGAGGCAGUGGUCAUCUAGUGUAUGUAUACACCCAUUCACCCACAGCCCUCAUGCAUCAGUGAGCUGUCAUUUACAUUUACUUUAUUUUUUCACUCAGCAGAAUCCAUUUUCAGUUUAGCUCUUGUGCAUCCUUUUGCUUGAUUUGAAUCCAUACAGGGACCAGAACCCUUGUGUGUUAUUUUAAUAUCACCUGUUCAUCACUUUGAUUUUCUUUGCACCAUCCUCAAUCCUGUAUACUUAACUAAUGAUGUUGAAAAGGAGCAUUUAGCCGCACAUAGGUGACAGCUUUCAUCUGAACAGACACGGGUUUGGAUUCUUGUCAACGUUGCCAGUUGAAGAGCAUGUUCUCCUUUGAAUGUCCAGUGAUUUUCUAAAAGGUUUUCGGUUGCUUACAUUGCAUACCAGAACUUCAAACUGACUCAUACUACAGCACGACAUGUAAAGAUUUUUAUUUAAAGCAAGGAACUAAUUGUUUUCAAUGUUUUUGUCUGUUAUAUAUUUAUAGCUUUAUUUGCUUUUCUUUUAAUAUUGACACUGUUAAUUUUGGUUAAACCAAAUAAAGGGGUUGUAUAUUC